GCUCCGGGCCGGAAGCAGGAGGCUGCAGGGGCGGGCCGGCUGGCGUCCCCUUUCCGGCUGGUCCCCAUGGAGGCGCUGGGGAAGCUCAAGCAGUUCGAUGCCUACCCCAAGACUCUGGAGGACUUCCGGGUCAAGACCUGCGGGGGCGCCACGGUGACCAUUGUCAGUGGCCUUCUCAUGCUGCUACUGUUCCUGUCCGAGCUGCAGUAUUACCUCACCACUGAGGUGCAUCCUGAACUCUACGUGGACAAGUCGCGGGGAGACAAACUGAAGAUCAACAUCGACGUAUAUUUUCCGCACAUGCCUUGUGCCUAUCUGAGCAUCGAUGCCAUGGAUGUGGCUGGGGAGCAACAGCUGGAUGUGGAACACAACCUGUUCAAGCAACGGCUAGAUAAGGAUGGCAUCCCCGUGAGCUCAGAGGCCGAGCGUCAUGAGGCUUCAUUAGUGGAAAAAACGGCUUUCUUUCCCAAGGUACCAGCUCUGUUUUCAUGCCUCUUUGGCACUCUCACCCCUCGCCCCCUCUCCUGCAGGUGCUGUAACACCUGUGAGGACGUGCGGGAGGCUUAUCGCCGCCGGGGCUGGGCCUUCAAGAACCCGGACACUAUUGAGCAGUGCCGGCGAGAAGGCUUCAGCCAGAAGAUGCAAGAGCAGAAGAAUGAAGGCUGCCAGGUGUAUGGUUUCUUAGAGGUCAACAAGGUGGCCGGAAACUUCCACUUCGCUCCUGGGAAAAGCUUCCAGCAGUCCCAUGUGCACGUACAUGCUGUGGAGAUCCAUGACUUGCAGAGCUUCGGCCUUGACAACAUCAACAUGACCCACUACAUCCGGCACCUGUCAUUCGGGGAGGACUAUCCAGGCAUCGUGAACCCCCUGGACCGCACCAACGUUACUGCACCCCAAGCCUCCAUGAUGUUCCAAUACUUUGUGAAGGUGGUACCCACAGUGUACAUGAAGGUUGACGGGGAGGUGCUAAGGACAAAUCAGUUCUCUGUGACCAGACACGAGAAGGUCGCCAACGGGCUGAUGGGUGACCAGGGACUUCCUGGAGUCUUCGUGCUCUAUGAGCUCUCGCCCAUGAUGGUGAAACUGACGGAAAAGCACAGGUCCUUCACGCACUUCCUGACUGGUGUCUGUGCUAUCAUUGGGGGCAUGUUCACAGUGGCUGGACUCAUCGAUUCACUCAUCUACCACUCGGCUCGAGCUAUCCAGAAGAAAAUUGAUCUCGGAAAGACAACGUAGCUAUCUCCUUCCCUAUUUUUCCCCUUCGUCUCCUCUUUCCCUUUGGCCUUGUGGUCAUUUCCCAGCCUCCCCCCGACCCCUCUCGGAGCAACGACUCAGCACAGGUUGAUAAAUCUAUUGAUUGUGAUAGUA